CUGAUUUUCUCCAAGCCACAAAAGGACUACAUCCCGCCAAACAAACCCUACUAAAGAAAUCCAUAAAAUUACAGACCGGUCAAGAUCCACCAACGUGUAGUUAGUACGGUGACCCAAAGAAUUGUAAUUCUUGACUUUUGAAAUGGAGUCUAAAGUCUCAGAAGGAGGUUUAAAUGUCACCUUGACAAUUCGUCUUUUAAUGCAUGGAAAAGAAGUUGGAAGCAUAAUUGGGAAGAAAGGAGAAACUGUGAAGAAGAUGCGGGAAGAGAGUGGAGCCCGAAUUAACAUUUCAGAAGGGAAUUGCCCAGAAAGAAUUGUUACCAUCACUGGACCAACAGAUGCAAUUUUCAAGGCUUUUGCUAUGAUUGCCUAUAAGUUUGAAGAGGACAUCAUAAAUUCCAUGAGUAACAGUACCGCAACCAGCAAACCUCCUGUCACUUUAAGACUUGUAGUUCCGGCCAGUCAGUGUGGGUCUUUGAUUGGAAAAGGUGGCUCCAAGAUCAAGGAAAUUAGAGAGUCUACAGGAGCUCAGGUGCAGGUGGCUGGAGACAUGCUUCCCAACUCCACGGAGCGCGCAGUAACAAUUUCGGGCACCCCCGAUGCUAUAAUCCAGUGUGUGAAGCAGAUAUGUGUAGUGAUGUUGGAGUCCCCACCAAAAGGUGCCACCAUCCCUUACCGUCCAAAACCCGCAUCCGCCCCUGUCAUUUUUGCAGGUGGUCAGGCCUAUUCUAUCCAAGGACAGUACGCAAUUCCCCACCCUGAUCAGUUGACCAAGCUCCACCAGUUGGCCAUGCAGCAAACCCCCUUUACUCCCCUCGGACAGACCACCCCUGCUUUCCCUGGAGAAAAGCUGCCCUUACAUUCCUCUGAAGAAGCUCAAAACUUGAUGGGCCAGUCAGCAGGUAUGGAUGCCAGUCCCCAGGCAAGUACUCAUGAACUCACCAUACCAAAUGAUCUAAUAGGCUGCAUCAUCGGACGCCAAGGGACCAAAAUCAAUGAAAUUCGACAGAUGUCUGGAGCACAAAUCAAAAUAGCCAGCGCCAUGGAAGGGUCAGCGGAGCGUCAGAUCACUAUCACUGGAAGCCCAGCUAACAUCAGCCUUGCUCAGUACCUCAUCAACGCCAGGCUGACGUCUGAGGUUACCGGGAUGGGCACGCUGUGAUUUCCUCCUAUGACUUCCUACUCUGACCCUUCCGCCCACAGCCGAGAAUUCUUUUACUUUCUGUCAUCAUCCCGACUACACUUCAGACCUGUAUGAUAUGUACAGGACUUGCCAAAGCUGCUUAUGGAAUGCUUACGGAUCCACGUGUCCCUUCAUAUUGUUCCAUCAAGAGCCAUUACAGUCAUAUUAAAGUCUGCUCAUGGCACAAGACUUCAUUAUAUUACAGACAGAUUUCAUAUGUAUAACUAAUGUAUUACAAUACAUGCAUGCUGAGAGAUGACGUUUCAAUGACUUGCAAGUCAGUGCAUUCUGGUCUUUACAUACAUAUUCUAGCUGGGCUCAGUAUACAGAGUAUUUUAACAUAAUGUUCAGUGUUCAUACAGCAGCACGUGCAUGUACCAUAUUUUUUGCUAAAGGAAUAUGCAUUCAAUUUUCCUAGGGGAAAUAGAGUAACAUUAGGAAAUUGGCGAUCUGUCUGUGAAGGAUUAAGCUGCUGCUGCUUUAAUUUUUUUUCAUUGUGUUGUUUUGAAUGGAAUGAUGGAUUUGUGUUUAGUGGUUAGGUAAGUAGCAUGUUCUCCUCACAUUUACUUGACGUCAUGCUGUAGUGAAGGUAGAAUAUUUGUUACAAUCUGCAGCAACCAAUCCCCUAUUAGGUUCAAUAGGCUAGGGUUGUCAUUGGUUGCUGUGGGUUACUGCAAAUCAUUUGCACUAAAUUCUUACAUAAUUCCCCUAAGGUAUGGUGAUUGUGAUCAAAGUAUCCAAAGACAAAUAAGAAAGAUCUACAAUGCUGCACACAGAAUGUGCUCCUUUUGUUUCAUGUAAUGUUCUUGGAUUACAGCAUCACCCAGAGACUUCCUUUAAAAUUCACUAAAUCACUGACGUAACUAUGGGUUGGAGUUUAUUCCCAAUUGUUCCUUUCCUAAGGUCAUACUAUGCGGAGAACUUUAUGGGUCCUCCUUACCUGUUGCCUCCAGAACAAUACAUGCUCACCACCUGCAUGGAGUAGUGUCUAGACCACCCUGCAUGGAGUAGUGUCUUAGACCACCUUGCCCCCUGUGUAAAAGUCUCUCAACUGGAUCCUUAAAUAUAUAGAAGAGUGAUCACUUUAGGUAUGCCUUUUGGGAGCCUAUGUAAUGGCUAGCUGCUAUGUAGGAGCUUUAAACGUAAAGGGGCACUACAAUUCACUGGUUUCUGAUUAUGUGAUUCCCCGUUAAGGGCCACAAUUCGCUACCUGGCUGCUAUGUUGGAGUGAUAAUGUCAUUAUACCACAGCAUAUAAGUCAGAUGUAAGCCCAACCCAAUGCCUUAUUAUCCUGACCACCCCUCUAAAACUAACCCUAGUAAAUUCUUCUAAUGAUCCUGUAUUCUGAGACUGAGUACACAGAGUGAGUGUCAUAAAUGAUGGUGUCCAAGCAGUGGUGCUCACAGUAUGCUGUCCUCACACCAGGGCCACUUAGUGCCUCUAUAUGGGUGUACCCUUGCUCCUAUUCCCCAUAGUUGAGCCUAUAAAGAAGAGUAGGCCAAAUAGUGGUGCCAGAACAGCAAUAACAUCAAUAUAGAACUAGGAUGUGAACUUUGGCCUCCAGCUCCAGGUAAGUAUGAAAACAACUUUAUUGAAGCCAUAUAGUGAAGAAAUACUUAAAUGUGUUGAAUGUAGAACAUA